AUGCCACCCACUAUCCUGGUCAUGUUCCUCUCGGCUGCAGCCGUCGCAAGCAGCCAGUAUAUGGCGAACCUUAUUCCGGACUCAGUUCCACUGGCCACAAGACGUAAAUCGGAUCGUGAACAGUCAUGGUGCCAAUCCCAAACUUCUCAAUGCCCACUCAUCUGUUUGCAAAUACCAGGCGCAAAAGGCAGCCCGACCCAAAAUACCUGCUCAGCUGACACGCUUGCCUACCAAUGUGUCUGCAGCAAUGGCCUUUCUCCUAACGCAUCUCAAUACUCCUUGACUAUGCCCUAUUAUAUCUGUACCGAGACGGCGACUCAAUGCGUCAAUAAAUGUUCAGACUCCGCCUGCCAGUCUGCUUGUCGCAACGAUCACCCCUGUGGUGCUCAGAAGCCCAAAAUUGCGAACACCACUGCGACUUCGGCCACGCCUGUCAUAAGCACAAGUGUGGCGAAUAUCCAGGCGACAAAAGUACCUACCGCGGGUGCAUCACAAUCUUUCCCUCUCGGCAAUGGCUAUAUCCUUCAGUCUUGUGUGCUUAUUGGAGGCGUAAUUGCUGGGCUUGCCGCUCUUCCUUAG